UUUCACUUUCAGAACUCUGAUCUUAAAUUUUCUAUCAAAUUAUUCACUUUUCCCCUUACAAUUCUGUUUACGUAGUGUGCAUAAAAACCACAGAAAUGACGAAACAAGAGCUUCAGAACGAAAAUGAUGACAUGCUUAUCGAUGGACAAGAACCUGAAGCGCCUGGGCAAAAGCAGGGAAGUCAUGAUCCUGGCGAGUUCAAUCCGGAUCACCUUAAAUUAUUUUACGGAAAGCUAUUUCCUUGUGCUGAUUUUUUUAGAUGGAUGUCUUACGGAAAUGAUGGGAAGCAUCCCGGUUGUGAUCCCUCUUACAUCAGCCGGAGGGAAUUUUCAUUUACACUUGACAACGACAUAUUUCUACGAUUCCAAUCUUUCCACAGCGCCGUAGAGCUUGAAAAUUCCAUCAGAGAGAAAUGCCCAUUUAAGAUUGAUAUCGGACCUGUGUAUAGCGUGGAGCCUACAAAAAGGCAUGCCUAUGCUCAAAGUGGUGAUAAUGUUUUCGCUCCGGUUGAGAGAGAGCUAAUUUUUGAUAUUGAUAUGACAGAUUACGAUGAUGUUAGAUACUGCUGCACUGGUGCUGAUGUUUGCUUGGAUUGCUGGCCAUUGAUGACUAUAGCUAUUAAAGUGAUUGAUACUGCCUUAAGAGAUGAUUUUGGCUUUAAACACAUUCUGUGGGUUUAUAGUGGCCGCCGAGGUGUUCAUUGUUGGGUCUGUGAUGGGAAGGCAAGAAGGCUGACUAAUGAGCAGAGAGCAGCUAUUGCUGACUAUUUUCGUGUCUAUAAGGGAAAUGAGAAUAGUCAUAAGAAGGUUUCAUUAACAGGCCUUGCACUUCAUCCUUUCCUGGUGAGAGCAUACACUGAAGUCCUUAAAGAUUUUUUUGAGAAAGGACUACUAAUAAGUCAAGAUUUACUUUCUACCGAAGAGAGAUAUGAGAUGAUCCUAGAGUUGAUUCCAGACGCAGCUAUUGCUUCUGAACUUAGGGGUCGAUGGCAAGAUAACAGGCGGUCUUCAAGUGCAAAAGAAGACAUUAAUGUUGUCCGAUGGGAACAGCUCAAACACUUGCUGUCAAAGAAUAAGGCACUAGGACUGCGAAGGUGUGUUGAAGAGAUUGUGUUCUCCUUUACUUACCCAAGGCUAGAUAUGGAGGUUUCGAAGCACAUGAACCACUUGCUUAAAGCUCCAUUCUGUGUACACCCAAAAACAGGCCGCAUAUGUGUACCUAUCGAUCCAAAUCACUGUGAGCAGUUUAAUCCUACCACAGUACCUACUCUUUCACAGCUUUUAGAAGAACUUAACGAAAGAGGUCCAAGAGAUGAUUUAGAUGAUGAAUGGACUGGAACUUCACUUGAGGGUGCCGUCAGCCUUUUCAGAACGUCAUUCUUACAGCCUCUACUAAAAGCUUGCAAGGAGGAGAUAGAAAGUUCUUACGGUGCAAAAUUGCAGCAGUCGAAAAACUCCUUUAGCUGGUAAUGACCCUUUGUCAAGUAGCUUUGGGAGGUGCAACUGAUGGGACAGGACAGCUGUUUGUUGCGGCACUAAGUUAACACAAUAGGGAUGGAAUAUGUGACGACAUUGAAUCAUAAGAAACUAUUCAACCUUAUCUGCAUAUUUAUUCACCGAUUGUAGUGGCAAUAUAUUCCCACAACACCUCUUCUAGCGAUGAAAGGUGCCUUGUCUGUAUCAUCUUUAGAAAAACUUCUGAAGGGAAUAGUUGUAUAUUUCUGCCAAUGCCUAGGAAUGCUUAGGAGUAAGGGAGUAGUAAUUACAAUGUUUACUAGGAAUCCAGAAAUUUACCUCCACCUUGAAUAGGUUUUCUGGUUUUUGGAUAGUUGAACAUUUGAUCAUUUGAUCAUUCUCAGAUUGCGAUAAGGAAAAAGGUUUGAGGAAACGACAGUAUUAAACAAUUCACUAGUUCUACUAUUAAUUUAUGACAGUAUUAUGUUAUUUGACUUUUGAAUAGGCAGUGUAUUAUUGUUUUUAUCAUACAUAUAGAAUAUUGUCGAUUGGUGAUAC